AUGAGUAAAAUUGAUUUAUUCAACAUCCUCACAGUCGCAAAAUACUUUCUUUCAAUUUCCGAUUUUAUUAUAUUAUCACAAGUAAAUAGUAAAUAUUUAAAAAUAUUUGACUGUUUUCACUUCAACCCUUUUCCACUUUCAGCAACGACUAGAAAGUUUUUCACAAAUUUGGAAACCCUUCAUUUGUGGUCAACUACAGAUGAGACUUUUGGAAACAGAGUUCCAAAGAGAUAUAUUGAAGAGACUGAACAAUUUCCAGAUACUCCACAACACUCUUCUGAAGAACACAAUUCAGACGAAGAACUUGAAUUACACGAUGAAUUCAAAAAAGAACAAAGAACAACAGAAACCUUUUUUAAUAUUGUUAUUUGGUAUCAAGUCGAUUUUAAAACAACUACAAUAUACAGGACUAAUAAUAUGGUGUUUAAAAAUGUAACAUAUACCACGAAAGAUGUCAAGGAGUUUGGAACGACAAUUCCAGAUAUUGUAAACACUCUUGGGGAGUUUACUUUUACUCUUCAAAACACGACAAAAGAACAAAUGAAAGACUUUAAAAUACCAAGUCACAUCACUUCAAUAAGAAAUGAAUGCUUUAAAGGAAACACCAAUCUUUCUCAAUUAUCAUUUGGACCAAAUUUAUUAUCUAUUGGCGAAUCUGCUUUUGUUAAUAUCAACAAUCUUCACAUAGACAUCAAUUCUAAAAACUGUGUACACCUGACUCGGAUAACACUCCCAGAAAGUGUUAAAGUGUUAGGGAUGUCUUCAUUUUGUGAAUGUGGAGGAAUUGAAGAAAUUACAAUACCAGAAGGUAUCACAGAAAUUCCUGCUUGGUGUUUUGGUAAGUGUUUUUCAUUAAGAAUUGUAUCACUUCCAAAAAGUGUUGAACGCAUCGGACAAUUCGCAUUCUUUUGGUGCCGGUCACUUCUUAUUUUCAAUGGUGGUGAUUCGCUUGAAAACGUUGGUGCGUUUUGUUUUAAAGAUUGUUAUUCGCUCAAAAGCGCUUCUUUCAGAAAUAAAAAUUUAAAAGUUGAUAUCGGCGCGUUUUUCAAUUGUAACAAAAUGAAGAGACUUGAAGUGAAUGAAAACGUAAUAACAAACAACUGGGAAUUACCAAAGUGCACUAAAGUGGUUGUUAUUUAG